AUGCAGCGUGCGUUGUAUUUGAGCGCAUUAAUACUGCAGUCAUGGACUUUGGACCUAAUUUACCUUCAUGAUGGAUCUCCUUUAUUCGGAGAGGAAGUCGUCUCUCCUCAUGGAAAACAUCUUAUGCAAUUUGUUGGUAUCCCUUUUGCUGAACCACCAAUAGGAAAUUUACGGUUUCGUAAACCUAAGCCUAAGCAUCCAUGGCGAACCCCCUUGAACGCUACUAUUUUACCCAAUUCGUGCAUUCAGGUAGAUCCGACUAAAAGACUUGCAGUGAUGGUAUGGGUAUAUGGAGGAGGGUUCUGGUCUGGUACAUCAACAUUAGACGUGUACGAUGGAAGAAUCCUAACCGUGUAA